GCUGUCAAAAGAGCACUUAUUUGGUUUUGUGUGCGUGCGUGAAACACAAUAGAGUUCCCUCCGUUCGGAAGUUGCUGAUCCUCGGAUAAGGUGUUUUUUGUAUUUCUAAUUUAAAUCGUGUUUGAUGUGAAAAACUUAUUGCAAAGUCGGUCGAUUCGACGCGAAGCGAAACAAUGGAUCUGGAUUUCGAGAAAAUCUGCCGGACAUGCUUGUCUAGCGAGAGUUCGCUCAUCUCAAUUUUCGAAAACAAUAUCAUCGAGGUAGCGGGCAGUGAGUCGACGACAACUGUAAUUGAUUUAUUAACCACUUUAACUGAUAUCAAGGUGUCUGCCAACGAUUGCUUGCCCGAGAAAAUUUGUUAUUCCUGCUUCGAGGAAAUUAAACGUGCCUACACUUUUAAGCUACGAUGCGAGAAUUCCGAGAUUAUGCUAUAUCGUCUUCUGAAUCAAAAUUACAAUAAAUUGCAGAAUAAAUUGAAUUCAAUUAAUUACCAUAGCAACAGUGAUAUACCGUAUCUACCUCCGGACAUAUCCAUUACCAUAGAUACAAAUGAAAAUGGCCAAGAAAUAGAAUACAAAGUGGAUGAGAAGCCGAGAAAUUCAAUGAAAAAUGGGAAGAAUAAUAAAAGCAGUGAGAAUGCGGAUGAUGUUGUGUGUUUAUCCGAUGAUGAAGAGAACGAUGAGGAAAUGGAAUGUGAUGACAGUGGCACAGUAGAUAAAGUGUCUCGUCAACAGAACACAUCCUUCGAGAUAGAAAUUUCGGACGACGAAGAGGGCGAUACGUAUAAGGAAGACGAUGAAUAUAUGAAUGGAGGAUACCAAGUAUUAGAUUAUGCGAGUAUUAAGAAAAUUACUGGAAACGCGAACGAUUCCUACCAAGCAUUCCUUAAUCCAGACAGCAGUAACGACUACAGUUCACAAUAUGAAAUAUCGGACGCAGAAUCGAAUGCACGAGAAUGUCCAAAAUGCACUCAACUUUUUGAAUCCGCAGGCGAAUUGAAAAAACACAUAAGAGAACAACAUACGCGAGGAUUCGAAUGCAAUAUUUGCAGGCGAGUUCUCAAAUCGCACGCCAGCUUAUCAGCUCACAUAACCACACACGUGCCACAAUUCUACCCGUGUCCGAUUUGUGGUUUCAAAGUUAAACAACGAAAAUAUUUAAGUAAACAUUUGGAACAGCACAACGGGACCAAAACAUAUAAAUGCGAAUUAUGCCAAGAGAACUUCUACAACAUGACUGAACUACGAGCUCACAACUUCCUGGCACAUGCAGUUGAAAAGGAUUCACCAUUCAAAUGCCAUGUAUGUGGCAUCAAGCUUCCUAGCCAAGAAGGCCUCGAUGCUCAUGUUGCCAAGCAUAAACAAGUUGUACGUAAUCACGUUUGCGACGUUUGUCACAAAGCAUUCCGCGAUAAAACCGGCCUGAACACACAUUAUCGUGUGCACACUGGCGAGAAACCGCAUACAUGUCCUUAUUGCCAACGCGGAUUUACCACGCAGUAUAGUUUGAAAAUGCACGUUGCCAUCCAUACAAAUGAAGAAUUCCACAAGUGCGCUAUAUGUCUACAAAAGUUCCGUUAUCGAAGUGCGAUGAUCAAACACAUGGAAGAACAUCGCAGUAAUUAGAUGUAACUAUUCAUCUAGCCUUUGGGAAAAGUUUUCGUACUUCUAAAAAAGGAGAAUAUAUCUUAUUUUUUCUUUGUUUUAGAUUCCAAAAAGAGAUAGUAUUUGUAGUCAACAUUUUUUAUAUUUUAACAAAAUUGGUGAUAUUUUUGAAAUCAUGGUUAUAACUGCACCUUUUAUUCUGUAAAAAGUAGAUAUUGAGCACUUUGCUUUUGCUCGUUGCGCCAAUUAUUUUUAUAACAUUUAAAAAUAAUAUUCGAAGUGCAUAAAAGUAUAGACGUGAAGAAAAAUAUACUACCGUUGCGAAUAUUGAUGGUUUAACAUCAAUCCCACUUCGGUUGCUUAUUUUUUCUCCAUUUUAGACAUAAAAGUAAACAAGUAAAAAUGUACAAUGCAAACUGCCAUAAAUCCUUUCUGCUCCUUCCCCGUCGUGGUGCAAAUGAUUUUCAAUUAUGUGAUUUUGACUUCGAGAGGAAGUACGAUAUGACCGCCCAUUCCUAGUUGCGACGGGUCGAUAAAAUUUUAACUUGUCUAAAAAGAAUUCGCACCGGCUUAAUAAUGAUUCUUGUAAGGUACGAAAUUCUUUGCAACAGUCUUCAAGUGUAUGUUGUUACAGUAUCGAAAUUAAGUAUCUUUUAUAUUAAAAUGACAAUACAAUAAAGUUCAACUAGAAUUAAGCGAUGAUCAAAAGUAUUUGUAUUUUCACAAAUGUUCUUUUAUACGUUGUUCUCGUAAGAAUAAAUUUUACCUUUUAUACGCAAUUUAAUGUUUUUUAUUGCCUUAUUAGAAAAAUAAAAUAUUUGAAGCUGG